CUUCUCUUUCCUCGUCGCUGAUGUUACAGAAUGUUACGGGCGAGUCGACAUAGUCGACGGCUAAUACGAUAGACGCAAAGUACGAAGAAUUCUUAAUCAUACGUAUUAUUAACCACAAGUGUUUGUUCGUUAAUCCGUUACGCGUGACAUAUACCUGUGGAUUAUAAAUGUAUGUAUACCACAGUCGGGAGUGCAAAGUGUUUAGCCAAGAGGAUUCAGAAUACCUUUUCAUAAAGAAGAUACGAAAUUAGUUAACGUAGUCUUUUUAACGUAGCUCCUCGCUGCGCAAUGCUUGACAACGUUGUGGAAGUGCGUUUUUAUGUAUUAAAUGUCGUAUAAGUGUAUAAUAACGCGAUCAAGAAAAGGAGAAAACUUGCCUAAAUAGGAAGCGGAUUUCCGGACAUACUUUUAUCGAAAUACAAUCAAAGAGACCCAACCCAAGACUUGAAUUUCACUGAACAGGUGAUUGGAUCUAUUGUUAAGCGAUGAUAGUGAAAAAAUGAAAAUGUCAGUGACGAGAGUGCAGCCUUCGUUCAACUAUUGAAAUAACGGUGGUACGCCUUAAUUGGCACUUCAGUGAAUUGUGACGGUGAGAUCAUGAUCAGGGUCGUUUUAUAUGAAGCUUUCAUACCCAGCCGCAAACCAAGCGGCUACUUGCAAAUGUAACGCAAUACACAAAUAGCAAAAUGGAUCUCGAAGAAGAUGCAUUGCAGGAGUGCUUGCUGAAUGUCUGUAAGCCUACUCUAAAUAACACGCAAGUUUUUUACAAGCUAUUGUUGGAUGCUCUACGAUCUAAGAAUUUCCGUUCUUUCAAAAAUAUUAUCAAACAUGAUUCGACGAAGCAGCUACCUAUUUUGGACGUUAACUAUGUAUUUCCGGACUUACAAGAAACAUGCCUUGAUAUAGCUAGCAAAAAUGGUUUAACAGAGUUCGUGGAAUUUUUAUUGCGUCAAGGUGCGAAGCCUAACAGAGUAAAUGAACUACAUAAUCGCGCUCCUAUCCAUUUCGCCACAGAAGGUGGACACGUGAACACAUUGGCAACUUUGCUAGCGGAACCGACAAUAAAUCCAAAUCUCGAGGCAAGCCAGCAGACUGCCUUGCACAUCGCAGUGAGAAAGAGUGACGUGACGUGCGUCGGUUUACUACUGGAAAACGGUGCCAGUGCCAACAUUCCAAAUAGUAAGGGUUUGACGGCCCUCCACUUGGCAGCGAUGAAAAGUCAGCGGGAUAUUGUGGAACUGAUACUGGAGAAAAGCCGACAGUGUCCAGACGUUGACACUUACAAAGAUUAUAACGACCAGACGACGCGAGAAGUGAUUCAGCAAAAGCUGCCGGGUAUAUCGUUGCCGUCUGAACAUAAAAAUCGUGAGGUAAAUAUGCACGAUCUUAAGUACUAUCUGAUCGCCAACGAUGAAACAAACUUCCUGAAAAAUAUGGAGCUUGUCAAGAUAGAGAUUCUUCACAGUGUAGUCGAAGAGCUGUUGGAGAUGACUACACAACGAGGUUUUCAUAAAGUUGCGAUCGCAAUCCUGGAAAAACUUAAAGAGAGACAAUUUAGCGUGAAGAAAGCCGCGCAAGUAGCCGUGCAGCAAAGUGAUCACGCUAUUCUUCAGAUAUUGCUAAAAAUAGAGCCAAAUAUGGCCAAUGACUUAAUCCUGAGUGCCUGUCAGGAGCUGGGAAUGCCGGGAAAACGUGGAGUUGACAAUACGGUCGAUCGAUUGGAGUGCCUAAAGUUGAUUUUGGAACAAGAAAACGUAAAUGUUCGCUGCAGUGAUAAUAAAGGCAAUACUCCAUUACAUUACGCGGCCGGAGCUGGCUGUCGAGAAGCAGUAAUUUUACUUCUCAACCAAGGCAGCUACAUCGGUCAUAUGAACAAGUUCAAUAUACCGCCUAUCGCAGAUAUCUCAGCACAUACGCUGUCACGCUACUUUGAUGAUUGUUUGCAGACGCGGAAAGAUCGGACAAACGAGUAUACGAUUGAAUUUGAUUAUCAUUGUUUGAUGCCGCACGAUGUUCUUACGGAACACGAUAAAACUCACCGAGAGACUCACGAAAUGGAAGUAUUCAAAUACAUCGCUAGUAAUGGCGGUCUCAAACAUCUGUUGAAACAUCCACUGCUCUCUUCUUUCCUCUAUCUCAAAUGGCACAGAAUACGUCACGUUUUAUAUGCAAAUUUUAUCUUUUACGUGAUCUUUUAUUUUCUUUUAAACGCUUACAUCCUGAGCAUAACUUACAAUAUCCGGAUAGAAAAUAAAACGCAAAUUGGGAUCAACGAUGAAUCUGAUAUAGAAAGUACUUUGCGAAUUGCCUGGUACCAGAACGACUUCCUAUGGGUCUCUACUGCCGUGAUGUUGCUGUUUUUCAUUUUCCGUGAGAUUUUCCAAUUUAUAUCAUGUCCUAGACGUUACUUAAUGAGCUUAAGAAAUUGGUUGGAAGUCGUGUUGAUUGUGCUCACUGCCGCUGUGCUAUGUGGCGCGGGACUUCAAGUUGGUGCCGUGGUAAUUUUGCUGUCGGCCUGGGAGAUGGUGAUCCUCAUCAGUCAGCAUCCGCGCUUGUCUACCGGCAUCGAAAUGUUUCAGACUGUUUCAUUCAAUUUCAUGCGCUUUUUGUUUCCCUAUCUGUUUCUUAUUCUCGCAUUCGCACUAGCCUUCUAUACACUCUUCAAAGACGGCAACGACACAAACUUUCCUGAUCCUGGUCUUUCACUUUUCAAAACUAUCAUCAUGCUCACCGGCGAGUUCGACGCCAAUGACAUCCCGUUUAUUUCGCAUCCCAUUUGGAGUCAUAUUGUGUUCGUAUUAUUUGUUUUCUUCAUCGCUAUUGUGUUGUUUAAUCUGCUUAAUGGUUUGGCGGUUAGUGACACUGCUGAGAUUCUGUCUAAAGCCGAAUUGGUCGGACUUAUCUCUCGAAUACGUUUGGUCACCUAUAUUGAGGAUAUGGCAGUUGGAAAGCCUUUCGAGCAUUGCUUUUGCUGCAAUUCGAGAUUGCUACGUAUUUGGAAUCUUUCUGGCUUUCUCGCUAGGAGAAUUCUUUUGUUUCCUCAUUUCUUAAGAGACGGUAAAAUCAGUAUCAAGCCAUACGAUAACCUGGAUGCUUACGAUAACGAUAGAUAUUACGAAAAGUAUGUUCGCAGUGACUCUGUAAAGGGUGACAAGCAAUGGACCACCGUGAGAAUGGAUCCUGAUAUAAUUAAACAAGCUAAACGUAUUAUCUACAAUAAGAAUCAAUUGACGGAUAAUGAGAGGAUUAUGAUUAUAUUAAAUAAACUAGAAGAAAAAUUGAGGACGGUGGAGAUGAUUUUAAAAACUACAAAGUUUACAGAAUAAUAUUUAUAAUACAGUGCAAAAGUAUCUAUAAAAGAGUUUGUAAAAGAGUUGAUAAAAAUUAUUGCAACUUA